AUGCCACUUAUCCCGCCAAAUCCUUCCAUUGUCGAGGAACCACGGUCCGGCAAUGGACCACCAUCUUCGAUUAUUAUUGUCGGGUCUGGAGUAUUUGGACUCACGACUGCACUUUCGCUUUCUCACCGUCCCGCAUAUGCUUCCACCACCAUUACCGUAAUCGAUAAAUCACCCUUCCCUGCAGCCGACGGUUCAUCAAUCGAUUCCUCGCGGAUCAUAAGGGCAGAUUAUAAAGACCCCGUAUACGCACGACUUGCGGCCGAAGCGUUGGAGAUAUGGAGAUUACCAGGAAACCACGACGAUGAUGGCCCCCCAGCUCGAGGCGCUAAUGGCUCGGGUGCUAGAAUAUACGCCGGUGUUGGCGCUGAAAAUAGAUAUUCUGAAUCCGGUCUCGUCCUCGUCGGCGAUGGUGAUGUUGAAUAUGUCACGGAGUCCUAUAAAAAUAUGAAAGCGCAGGCAGAUAUCUUGGGGGUCGGGGAAAGCGUAAAAUAUUUGGAUGGGAAAGAUGAUAUCAAAGAUGCCAUGAAGACAGGUGGUGUUACGGGGAGUAGAGGGUAUAUCAAUCCUUUUAGUGGAUGGGCGGAUGCACAAGCUGCUAUGGUAUGGGUCAGAGAGCAGUGUGAAAAGCGGGAGAAUAUAAAGUUUUUGGAAGGGGAAGUGGAAAUGCUCUGGGUUAAGAAGAAUUCCGAAACCGGUGAUGAAGGACUAAAAGUUGGGGAAAAGAAAGUCGAAGGGGUGGUUAUGAAAAAUGGGAAUAUGUUAUCCGCAGAUAUUACAGUACUAUCAGCGGGGGCCUGGAGUCCAGGGUUGCUGGAUCUAGCGGGGAGAGCAGUGGCUACCGGUCAAGUUAUGGCGUAUGUGGAAGUUAGCGAAGAAGAAGAAGCCCAGUUAAAGGAUAUUCCAGUGACGUUGGAUUUAUCAAACGGGAUGUUUAUCUUUCCACCAAAAGCAGGGGUGAUGAAGAUCGCAAGGCAUGCAUUUGGGUAUGUGAAUAGUGUGGAAGGGGACGGUUGGGAGAAGGCCGGUGAAGGGGUAGUAGUUAGUAGGCCAGUGACUGGUGUGAGUCUACCGGGUGUGAGGAUUCCGAAAGACGAUGAGGAUAUGCUAGCAAAAGGUCUUGCGGAGAUGGUACCAAGCUUGAAGGGAAGGGAAUUCAAGAAGACGAGACUAUGCUGGUAUACUGAUACCCCUACCGGUGAUUUCAUGGUGUCCUAUCACCCAACAAUCGAUCGUUUAUUCCUAGCUACCGGAGGAAGUGGACAUGCAUUCAAGUUCUUGCCAGUACUCGGGGAGAAGAUCGCAGAUGGAAUCGAAGGGAAGUUAGAGACAGAUCUCGUAAAAUUGUGGAAUAUAAGAGACCCGGUUGAGGGCCCAGUCGUCACUCAUGAUGGAAGCAGGAACGGGGCUGAGAGGGCCGAAUUGAGCGGUGUUUUAAGAAUAGAUGCAUAG